ACCGGUUACCACUUGGCGCGUUGUUGGAAGUGGCUUUACUGUUUGGAAUUUCAUCGGAACCCGUAGUCUUCUCUGGACUGUGACCACGUGAACGUCGGUCGUCAUCGUCUGCUCUCGUUCUUACCGGAAGUCCAGCUAAAACAUGGUGUGCGCCUGUCUCCUCACGUUUCUUCUUGUUCUCUACAUACUCUUCGAUGUCAACUAUUUCGUCAGGAUGGCGUUCACUCUGAUCACAGGCAGACUAUUUGAGAAGAGGAAGAAAAUCUUUGACGCUACCACCAUCUACGGAAUAUGUACAACGCAAGACGUGGACUUAUUGUUCAAACAUAUGAACAACGCGAGAUACCUUCGCGAACUGGACUUUGCACGAUUCCACUAUUACGAUAGAUCUGGAAUUUACUCGGCAAUUGUAAAAAAAGGCGGUGGUGCAGUCCAAGGAGCUUCUUCGACCCGUUACCGUCGUGCAAUUCCAAUUUUUACACCAUUCAAAGUUGUUACCAAGCUGAUUUAUUGGGAAGACAGACACUUCUACCUGGAGCAUCAAUUCAUCAGUUUAACCGAUAAUUUCGUUCGUGCUGUGAUUCUUAGCAAACAAACCAUAACAGGAUCAAAUAUUUCUGUAUCUGAAAUCAUUGCAGAAGUCGAGCCGAAUGCUCGAGUUCCUGAAUUGCCAAAGGAUCUGCAAUUAUGGAUGAGUUCCAUGGACGAGUCUUCUCAGAAGUAUAGGAAGCGAGAUUAAUAAAGAAAGAGAUGAUUUCACGUUUCAACAUGUUCCUCAAUUUAUUGUUAUGUACUUUUUCUGUUGUUCACUAUUAAACGUUUCUCUAAUAGAACAGGACAAACGA